GUUGAGAAGGUGGAAGCGAAGUUAGAAAGGCGAGAUUACUUAGGGCAGCACUGAAAGAGUUAAUGGUAACGGGCUUGUAACAUUGGCCCUGGCGAACCAUUUCUGAAGUAGCUAACAAGUGUAAACAUUGAAGAAAAGUUUACUAUUUUACUUUUUUUAAAAUAUACGCGGACAAGUCAAUGCUGUUAUAUUUCAAGAAACGGUAAUAAUAUACUUAGCAAAUCCUGAAGGUAUUUUCAAAUAAGUUUUCGGAAGUUGUUUAAACCACAUCGGUGACUGCGGCUGGGAGGUGGAUGGGUGAACUACUAGCUCCAAUUUAGCUAGCUACAAAUAUCAGGAUGUCAGAACCUGGCGACCAGAAGACCUAUCACCCUAAAACUUCACUUGCACCUUCAGGUGGGAGCGCUGCAAUUUUGGAGCAUCCUUCGCCCAAUGAGAACGGCGGACUGGAGGAUGUCGAUAGGGGGCGAUACAGAGAUGGAAAACAACCAGAUGGCAGCAGUAACACUAUGACGGAGAAUCUUUGGCAAAUGCAAGGGGGGCAGCAGGAGGUGUGUCCAGGAUUCGUGGCUGGAAAUUCACACCCCAAGUGCCCAACAGCAGCGCAGCCUUGCCAGGAGUCCGGGACAGAUGUAGCUGGAGAGGGAGGACAUGCCGCUCGCGGUAACAGCGGAGAUGGACCCUGCGAGGAAACCCUGAGUCAGGUGCAGGGCGAAAGUGGCAGGCAUAUCAAGAGACAGGUUUCUGGUUGCGCCAGGGGUGGCCCGCAGUCGGGACCCGAUGUGCGACUGGGCAAGAAGAAACACCGCCGACGACCCUCCUCCAAGAAGAAGCGUCGCUGGAAGCCCUACUUCAAACUGACCUGGGAGGAGAAGAAAGAGUUCGACGAGCGUGAGACUGCGCGGGCGUCCCGGGUGCGAGCCGAGAUGUUCGCCAAAGGACUGCCUGUCGCUCCUUACAACACCACGCAGUUUCUGAUGGAGGAACACGACCGGGAGGAACCCGAUCUGAACACCGAGCUGGUUGGCCGACGCGUCAUGGGAGCAAGCCGCACGGAAGAUACUGCCAGUGAGGAGGACUAUUUUGAUUUCGAGGAGGAAGACGAGGAUGGCAGUGGCGGUGGCAGCGACGGGAUAGGGAGGCCAGGGAACGCGGGCGGGGAGUUCCUCCAGAGGGAUUUCUCCGAGACCUACGAGAAGUAUCACGUCGAAAGCCUCCAGAACAUGACCAAGCAAGAGCUAGUGCGGGAGUACCUGGAGUUGGAAAAGUGCAUGUCCCGUCUGGAGGAGGAGAACAACCGAUUGCGACGUUCCGAGAACAGGCCGGACGUCGCCUGUGUGAGCCCGGUCAUUCAGUCGGACGCUUCGCGGCUGAGAGAGCUGGAGAGUGAACUGGAGAGACUGAAAGCGCAGAACAGCGAGCUCCGUCUGCAGAAUCAGUUGUGCAGGGAGCGAGGACAGACCCUUUCAAUGGAGAGUAAUAGCGGACAAACGCUACCAGAGUAAAUGAACUACAGAAUUAAAUUUUGGGGCAGGACAUGUAAGUAGCCAUUUUUAAAUAAAAAAAAAAGAUUGUGAACUGUUUUAUCGGAUUGGUUUGAUAACUCCAGACAUGGCAAUACUUCCUUUUCUUUUUUACGUUACCUAAAAGCCGUUUUGAGACUUCACCUUUUCAAUAAAGAAUGUAUAUUUAAGAUCCGUUUCUUUAUAAAAUGAAAAUUGCAUAGGAAAUGCUUAAUUUUUCAUGGUUUUCCAUGUUAAAAUUAUACAUUGUACAAGAAAUCUCAACAGCCAUUCGACCACCACUUUUGGUCCAAAUUUAAUUAUUAUGGGAUAAAGCUCUGCAAAACCACUCCAGAAGAAACCAGUUGUCCUCACCCUUAAAUUUGUAAAUACAUGAAUAUACACACCCAUUUGUUUUGUGUUUUUAUUUCAUGUGAUUAAAGUUGUGGUUGUUGUCAGUCAUUUCCAAUCACCAUUUAACUUGCUUCUGAAUAGGUUACAAGUUUGAUAACUGCCACAACAGUGUCAGACUGCAAUCCCAGACCUUUGUCUUUUUCUUCCUUUAAAUAGCAUUGCAUGCAACAAAUCUGCAGACAUACAAAACGAGGAAAGCUAACUCAUGGCUAUAGAUGGUCUGGAUAUCUGAUGUCAUUAACUCAAGCUAUUUUAAGAAAGUGAGAGUUCUUAUGUUUUCAUAUUAGGGAAAUUGGAAAAAAAAAGGCACACAUUGGAAGCUGAACCCUGCACGGAUUCUGGGUUGGAUGCAGUGAAAGCGUUGAAAUACUGCACCAAAAUACAGUUGUAAAAAAUUGAGUGACUGCCUUUUCUAGUUGCUUCCUAGUCCCCCUGGAAAUGCC